AUGGAGGCUCGCCGACCACGGUCCGGGCACAGGGUCUCCAUGACUUGGCAGGAGGACGAAGGCACGGUAACACACCACCGUAUGAUGCAGUUUGCCGACGAGUGUAUCGAGACGAAGACGGUCACCACUACGACCACAACAAAGCGCUCUUAUCCGCCCCUCUUUCUCCGCGAGCCACGUCAAGUACAUGCGCUCGACUCCAAAGAAUACCCCCUUGCGGCGAGGCCGACUCCGCUCGAGUUGCGAAGUCUGACAUUCGAUCUCGAUGACUACGAGAUCGCGAGCUGGGAAGACGAGGAUGGCAUAAGUGCCGAGGUGCAACGGUCCCAAAGCACAGACUAUACCGGCAACAUUAAGCGCGAACCAGGCGUCGAGAGCCCCGUCUCCAACUAUCCACACGAAAACCCGGAGCCGUUCCCACGUAGAUCCCGAAGGUCAACAACGAGGGCCGUUUCACCGAGCUACACACCGAUGCCGACCAAAAACCCUCGCUUGGGCACCAAACCUACGAGCGCUGCACAUACUCUAUCUGAAAAGUUACGCCACGCCGCUGCACGUGGCCCCCGGAGGGAAGCGGCCAGGGGACUCCGACGCUCGUCUGGUUAUCUUGCUACGCCUACCCACUCCGAACUCACCAGUGGUCGCAUCGAGAGGACUUCGAGGUUGCGACCCCUUCCUGUUGACACAGCAGACUCUGGCAUGAGCCAGUCCACCUCGGUUUUUGAAGCGGACAGCCCAGCGGACAUUGAGUCGCAAACAUUCAGCAAUGUCGCGACGCCGCCUAUCACGGACGCUGAGCUUCAGCCUUUCGACGACGCGGAUGACUCCCUCUCUCACAUAGCCCACGGCCUACCCCCAAGACGCAGUAUUAGCUCGCUAGCCGCCCAAGACGUGAGCCUCCCUAGUCCACGGCUCUCGCCCACCCUAGCAGCUACGCAGCUGCAGCCCAGCCAGAUUGACGAUGAAGAGGAGGAAACCAUAAACACCUCUUUCUCGACGCAACUCUCCCCCUCUGGGCCACAACAAUGGACAGAGGACAGCCAGGCGACUGAUGACACCGAAGUACCAGGCGCAAUGGAUCUAUCUCCAGCUCGGGAUGGCAACUCGCCUGCUCGAUCAAAGCCGCGCCGGCGCCACUACGUGGACCCCGGCGCGAUGCUCAACAGCUUCGACGCCAUGCCAAACGAGCUCAAGACAUGGAUGAUGUACCAGUUCUUGAGGAGAUGUCCCCGGAAAACGCUCCAUGUGGUGGCCGACGUGGUCAACCCGGCUCUCAAGUGCGACUUCCUCAAGCAGCUGCCCAUAGAGCUUAGCCUCCACGUGCUGUCUUAUCUGGACCACCGCGACCUUUGCCGCGCGGCCCAGGUGUCCAAGCACUGGCGGCACAUUGUGGACAGCAACGAGCCGGGUUGGAAGGAGCUUUUCGACCGUGACGGGUUUUCGCUACAGCCAGGAGAGCUCCAGCGGGCGAUCAACGAGGGCUGGGGAUGGCAGGAUCCUAUUGGGUUCGAAGGCUGUGAGGUGGACUUGAGCAACCAGAGUCGGCUCAGGUUUAGCGAGAGUGAGCUCAUUCGGGCAGCAGUCAAGGCUGAGCAACAAGAGUACCUGCCAAGAACGAGGAGUGCCAAGCGGAAGCGGGGGCUGACACAGAUCAACGCCGAGAGAGCCAAGCGUCGGGCCAGUGCCCAGGAAGCAAGGGCGGAUCGAAGCCUGGCUUCGGCUAAGAUGCAUAAAUCCGAGGGGCCCAUCUCGGCUGCCAACGCUGCAGCGCUUGCUGUCCCCGAUCCCCAGAUUGGCCUCCCUAGCCUCCGACACCUCCACCUUUUUAAGUCCCUCUACCGAAGACACUACAUGUUUCGACAAAGCUGGAUGAGCGGGAAGGUUAAGCCCAGCCAUGUUGCGUUUGCGGCCCACCCACGCCACGUCAUCACAUGUCUCCAAUUCGACGACGACAAGAUCAUUACAGGGAGUGACGAUACCCUGAUACACGUCUACGAUACCAAGACGGGCAAGCUGCGCACAAAACUCGAGGGCCAUGAGGGUGGCGUUUGGGCGCUCCAGUACGAGGGGAACACAUUGGUGUCGGGAAGCACAGACCGCUCCGUUCGCGUCUGGGAUAUCCAGAAGGGUAUCUGUACGCAGACGUUUUACGGGCACACGAGUACGGUGCGGUGUCUUCAGAUUGUCAUGCCUGCAGACACCGGCAAGUUUCAGGAUGGCAAGCCCGUCAUGAUGCCGCCCAAGCCACUUAUCAUCACAGGCUCCCGGGAUAGCCAACUCAGGGUCUGGCGACUGCCCGAGGCAGGAUCCCGCCGCUACAUUCAGACUGGUCCGCCGGCGAACGACGAUCAGUGCCCGUACUUUAUUAGGAUCCUUUCCGGGCAUGGCCACUCAGUCCGUGCCAUUUCGGCCCACUGCGACACUCUCGUUUCCGGCAGCUACGAUAGCACUGUUCGCGUCUGGCGCAUCAGCACGGGCGAACAGCUCCACGUCCUCCACGGCCACACCCAGAAGGUAUACUCAGUCGUCCUAGACCACAAACGGAACCGGUGCAUUUCCGGUUCCAUGGACUCGCUGGUCAAGAUUUGGGAUCUCAACACGGGCAGCUGCCUGUUUACCCUCGAAGGGCACAGCAUGUUGGUUGGUCUCCUGGACUUGCGCGACGAUCAGCUCGUGUCGGCCGCGGCAGACAGCACGCUGAGAAUCUGGGAUCCGCAGACGGGCAAGUGCAAGAAAGUGCUUGAGGCUCAUACCGGGGCCAUUACCUGCUUUCAACAUGACGGGUGCAAAGUCAUCUCGGGUAGCGAAAAGACGGUCAAAAUGUGGGAUGUGAAGACGGGCGACUGCGUCCGGGAUCUCCUCACCGACUUGAGCGGCGUGUGGCAGGUCAGGUUUGAUGACCGGCGAUGUGUGGCGGCGGUGCAGAGGGACAAUCUGACAUAUGUCGAGAUCCUCGACUUUGGAGCUGUCCGCGAUGGCAGACCGCCUGAGGAGUUGGGCAGGCGGAAGCUGCUGAAUGAGGCGGAGGUCCAGCGCUUGAUUGCCGAGGAAUCCUAG